UGUUGAGUAGUCGCAAUACCUAGUUGAAUUUAUAACAGUUAGUAAGAUAUUUAGUUAAUUUUAACUUUUUAAAUUAUGCCAUAAUGCGGAUCAUCAUAGUUAUUUCUAUUCUGUUGGAAGUUGUAGUGCUGACUGUAUCUACUAACGUUUCUGUGGACAAAUAUAAGAUACUGAACGAUGGCAAUUUAAUACCGGCUGUUGCUUUAGGUACUUGGGCUGAUGUAUCUGGUUUACCUAAAGUAAAACAAUCAGUAAUAUACGCCAUUGAAGUUGGAUUCAGACAUUUGGAUACGGCACAUCUGUAUGGAAAUGAGCGUUUAAUUGGAGAAGCUCUCUCUACUGUGUUCAAACGAGGAAUUGUUACCAGGGAAGAAAUGUUUAUAACGACCAAGCUGGACAUAGCUGUACCAUCCCGAAAGAAGGUGGUACCAGCACUUAAGGAAAAUUUGAAAAGAUUGGGGCUAGAUAACGUCAAUCUCUUUCUCAUUCAUGGACCUGAAAAUGUGUUCAAUUACUCAAACUAUGAUAUCUUAGACAUUUGGAAAGGCAUGGAAGAUUGCAAGAGACUUGGUUUGGCAAGGUCUAUCGGCGUUUCUAACUUUAAUAGUUCGCACAUCAACAGGAUCCUAAGAUACUCAAAAAUAAGGCCAGCAGUCAAUGAAAUAGAGGUGAAUCCUACAAGAACGAAUCUGGAUUUAGUAGCAUACUGCCAAAGCGAAGGUAUUGUUGUUAUGGGAUACGCACCAUUCGGCUUCCUUGUACCACGUCCUAACUCAAACAUAACAGGAAUACCGCCUACAUUUGAAGAUCCAAUAUUGGUGAAGAUGGCAAGAAAAUAUGGGAAAGAGACCAGCCAAAUUAAUUUACGAUAUCAGGUCAACCGUAAUAUUAUACCUAUACCAAGAUCACAAAAUAUGACUCAUAUAUCAUUGAAUCUGAACCUCUUCGAUUUUGAUCUAACUCAAAAAGAAGUGUAUACUAUAAAUGAGUUCAACAGGAAUUUACCAGUUUAUGCUGCGCCUGGAGAUGAAACGAUCGCAGUUUUUCGCGCGGCAUACGAAACUUUACUAAGUUUGCCUGAUAAAUAUAGGUAGUCCAGUGCAAACGUAUUGGCUUCAUUUUCUUCAAAUUAUGAUUUUUUAAUUAUAUUGUUUGUAAACAGAAACAAUUUAAUUCAAAGGGAAAAUUUACAUCUACAAUAAUUAUGAUAUUGUUAAAUGAAAAUUUAAAAAAAAAAUUACGAAUUUCUUCAUGAAUAAGUUGCUUUAAAAGAAAUACUUACUCGUAAUAAAAAUAUUGUUUAAAUCGCCGGUUCUUUUUUAGUAAAUUCUUCCAAACCGUUGAUACAAAUACCUAAUACUUAUAAUUUUUUUUUAUUUCGGAGUUGAAUUUCGACAUGUGCGAUUUUAGAAUCAUUUGUUAACUUCAAUUAUAUUAUUAUUAUAUUUAAUAUCAACAAACGUUUCUUUAUCGUAUGUAUCAAUUAUAUAAUUAUCUUGUAUAACUUCUAUUCAAGAUAAUUAUAUAAGUAAUAAAUAUUA